CUGCAAAUCAACAUACGGAAUUGACUUUUGAAAUGAUAUGAAUUCGGAAAGUCAGUCGCAAACUCAAACGCAAAGCAACUCCUCGCCAGUUACCAAUAAUAACCGAAGAAGGCCAAAAGCUUUUAAAACAACCAAAAAACAAAUUCUUUUCUUAGUCAAAAACUCCUUAAUUUAAACACAUUAAAAUGGCCGAUUCCGAUAAUCCAAUCUACGGACCCUUCUUCGGUGUUAUGGGAGCCGCCUCAGCUAUCAUCUUCAGUGCUUUGGGAGCUGCCUAUGGUACAGCUAAGUCAGGUACUGGUAUCGCUGCUAUGUCAGUGAUGAGACCAGAAUUGAUCAUGAAAUCCAUUAUUCCCGUUGUCAUGGCUGGUAUUAUUGCCAUUUACGGUUUGGUCGUAGCUGUCCUUAUUGCUGGUGCUUUGGAUGAACCCUCAAAAUACUCCCUUUACAAGGGUUUCAUCCAUUUGGGUGCUGGUUUGGCUGUAGGUUUCUCAGGCUUAGCGGCAGGUUUUGCGAUCGGUAUUGUUGGUGAUGCCGGUGUCAGAGGUACAGCUCAACAACCUCGUCUCUUCGUCGGUAUGAUUUUGAUUCUCAUUUUCGCUGAAGUAUUGGGUCUGUACGGUCUCAUUGUUGCCAUUUACUUGUACACCAAAUAAAUUAUUCAAUGCUGCAACAAUAACAAUAAGAACAACAAACACAACAACCAUAAUAAAAAGCAACCAUCAAGAAAACAAUCAUCUUCUUCGUUAUAUCGAUAUUCUGAUAUAGAAACGCAACAACCUGUUCAAAAGCAAAACCAACAUCGUCAACCAGCAGCAGCAACAACAACAGUGUCAAAUAGCAACAGUGCAACACAAUCGCCACCACCACUACCAUCAUCAUCAAAUCAAUUACUGAUCAUUCGAAUGUCAGUAAUUGCAAGAAGAUAUCAUCAAAGUCGUCGCCUCUGCUGCCGCCUCCAACCGUUCUCUCAAUACUGCCGAUGAAAGUGUACAAGAUUCCAAAUGUAUAACAAAGGUAUACAACCAACAGCACACCAAGUAUGGGUAUUGAGAAAACAGACAGGUUUGCAUUUUAACGUGUAAAAGAACAAAGAACACAGUGUUAGUAGUUUGAAUGAAAUCAAUCAAGUAUUUGUACAAAUUAUAGCGAAAAGAAUCAAUCGUUCAUUCAACCAA